AUAAGAAUGAGAAACAGCUUUGCAAUCGUAUAAUUGACAUUCUUCUUCUACUUGUUCAGAGUUCACACCAAUUCCAGUGUUACUGUUUCAGAGGAAGUGGAGAUGGAAGAAUCGGUGGCAAUCAGAGACAAUCGGAAGUGUUUCAGGGUUACUGUUUCAGAGGAUUGGGAGAUGGAAGAAUAUGAGGCAAUCGUUGUGAAAAGCAAAAAAGUUAGAAACUAUAUACCUGAUGAUGUCUCAUUCUGUAUUCUCUCUAAGUUGCCUUUAAAAUCGUUGAAACGAUUUGAAUGUGCAUGCAAGUCAUGGUCACUCUUGUUACAAGACUCUUAUUUCAUCAACUUGUUCAGCAACAAUAACAAUUUGUUGUCAGUUAGUAAGGAUUAUGAUGAUACAUAUUUCAUCCUAUCAUAUCUUAAAGAUGAAUACACAAUUCCCUCUGAGUUUUAUUUGCUACCCGGCGGCGUGUUCAAAAAUAGGGUCAAAAUUGAUUGGCCACAUCCAUAUCAAGAGUGUCAAGACCCUAUUUAUAUUUUGGGUUCUGUCAGUAUUAAUGGUAUUUUCUGUCUCAGGCAACACUACAAAGGAGGUCCUGUGCUGUGGAAUCCAACUACAGGUGAAUUCAAAGUUAUUCCUCCGACUCCUCCUCCUAGGUCUGUGCCAACUUCCCUGACCUUUCAGUACGGUCUUCAUGGAUUUGGCUAUGAUUCUGUAACAGAUGACUAUAAAGUGCUUCAAUUGACAAAUUAUGGUCUUUUAAAUGACGAAUACCAAAGCUGUUGGGAGUUAUAUUCUCUGAGAAACAACUCUUGGAAAGAGCUUCAUAACUGUAUACCAAAUCGUCACUAUUAUACGCUAGCUCGGAUGAUCGGAGUGUAUGUGAAUGGAGUGUCUCAUUGGUGGGCUAGAAGUGAGUCUAAAUAUGAUCUUGAAGAAUGUUUGAUAUCAUUUGAUUUUAUCAAUGAGGUUUUCUUUACAACACCGGCUCCCUCCUACUUGGAUGUUUCUCCUCGUCCUCUUUCUGUUGAACAAGCCAAGAAAGAUAUAGACAAAUUUCUCGAGAAACACUUGGUUCUUUUAAAUGAGUCAAUUGCCUUGAUAUCAACUUACAUAGAGACAAGUACUUUUCAUAUAUCAAUUUUGGGAGAACUCGGUGUCAAAGAAUCAUGGACCAAACUCUUUGUUAUUAACCACCUACCUUUCAUAUGCUCCCCCAUAGGAGUCGGGAUAAAAAACAAUCUAGUCUUCUUUAAGAGAAUCGAUGAUAAAUUAGCCUGCAUUGAUUUAAAUACUAAGAUGAUUGAAGAGGAUCUUGGUGUUAAUCCAUGGCAUCAUGGCUCUCAAAUAGGAAAGUACAAGAAGAGCUCUCUGCCUAUAGGAGGAAGGAAUGUAUAAUUAAUUGUUUUUUCUUUUCUUCUUUUCGUCAUGUUUAUGACUAUGGUUAUUGUAAUGUUAUAACUUGCAAAAAGUAUA